AUGGCGCAUUCUUCAUUGUCCUCAGAGGAGGGCGCGGCUCGCGCCGCUGCAGUCGCCGCCACCCCCGCCGCCCACGCCGCCUCCGGCGCCCUGGACAACAGCACAUCGGCCGGUGUGUGGGGACGGGCCCCGCGGUCGCCGUGUUCCUGCGCCGACGGCCAGUGCGGCUGCUGCACCGGCUUCCUGCUCUCGCAGCUCAACAUCAACCUGCGCCAGAGGGGUUGUGUAAAUGUGACAUACGAUCCGGAUGAUUUUGCUAUGAACAUGGCGUUAUACUUCAACGAUCGUGUACUUUACUCCAAUACGGUGUCAGGGAAGAACCCGCGGCCGGUGUGCGUGUCGGUGCCGCGGCUGCCGAUCCUGCAGAUGUGCGUGCGCUUCUCGAACGUGUACCUGGCGGGCCGCAACAUCCACGCGUGCGUGUCGCUGCUGGCGCGCUGGGAUGGCGACCAGGUGUUUCGGCGAGACCUCGACUGCCUGCGCCUCGGCGCCGACGGCGUCGCCGUCGUGACGCCGGAGCAGGGCGGCGGCCUGCCGCUCGGCAGCACCGGCGGCGGCGACGACGACGACGACGACUACGACGACCCCGAGGACCCGGACGCGCAGAGCGCGACUGCUGCCCAUGAGCAGCCUUUGCCAGAUCCUGAUGUUGGGGCACAUGUGUCAGCAGACGCCUCUGGCACGGAUGACGACCUCUGCCCGCCUGCCGCAGCCACCACGUCUGUCGCCGUUCGCAGCGGCGUCAGUCUCGGACAGCGAGCCCGCAUCCAGGCCUAG